GGGAGGAGUCAAAUAGGUUCUACCCACUGACCUUGGAGAAAACUGUGAGGGAGGAAGGGAGGGGAGGGAGGAGAGAAACAGUGAGGGAGGCAGAACAGAUCCAGGCAUUAGCAUACUGACAGAGUUCCAGCACUGCAGAUUUCUCUCUCUCUCUCUCUUUGUGUGUGUGUGUGUGUGUGUCUUCAGCCGCUCUCUCGCUUUUUCAGUCUGCCGGUGAAAGACAGAAAGACAAGGGGGAGCAGGGAGGAGGACAAGUGUGAAACAAAUCCUUUGACAGAUGACAAAAGAGGAUAUCUUGCCCGUUCACUGAUCCCAGCACAGAAUUCAGAAGCACUUGCGCCCUGACCGAGGAUCCCUCCCAUUUGUGAACCGGUGGGUGUGUGACAUCACAAUCACCCUGCCCUGCCCCAUCCCUCCCUCCUCACUUCAGUGCAUCUAACCAAUCAGCGCCCGGGAAGACCCAGUCACGUGAAAAUCCCCCCCAGUCUUGGUUACUAUGACAACGAGCACUGGUCCAGGCAGCAUCUUGCUGUGGUGAGAAAGAGGAGGGGAAGAAGGCGGGAGGAGAGGCAGAAAGAGAAGGGGAAAGGGAGGGAGGAAAAUAGGAAGAGAACAAAUCCCAGCCAGAGGAAUACCUUUUGGAUCUCCAGCUUCUGCCUGUCUGCCCUCAGUACGAAUGAAAAUGCCUGAGGCCUGAGUUAAAGCCCUUCACCAGAGAGAGAGUGUGUUCCAGGGCUGGGGCUGGACCCAGAGACCCCUGCCUCGGGGGUGGGGGUGAAGGGCCCAGUGUGAGCCUGGACCAUGGGGGAUGGAGGCGCUGGUGCUGCUGGAGGAGAUGGGGUGAACCUGUCCCAUGCCCUGUUUGACAACUUCGUCCAGGCGACCACGUGCAAGGGCACGCUUAAGGCCUUCCAGGAGCUGUGUGAGCACCUGGAGGUCAAGCCCACUGAGUAUAGGGUUUUCUAUCACAAGCUCAAGUCCAAACUCAACUACUGGAAGGCCAAGGCGCUGUGGGCCAAGUUAGACAAGAGGGCCAGCCAUAAGGAGUACAAGAAGGGUCGUGCCUGUGCCAACUCAAAAUGUUUGAUUAUUGGUGCGGGGCCAUGUGGCUUACGUACAGCCAUCGAGCUGGCUUUCCUGGGGGCCAAAGUGGUACUGCUGGAGAAGAGAGAUGCCUUCUCCAGGAACAAUGUGCUGCACCUCUGGCCCUUCACCAUUCAGGACCUCAGGGGCCUCGGGGCCAAGAAGUUCUAUGGGAAGUUCUGUGCCGGUGCUAUUGAUCAUAUCAGUAUUCGUCAGCUUCAGCUAAUGCUGCUCAAAGUGGCUCUCCUGCUGGGCAUUGAGAUCCAUGUCAAUGUUGAGUUCAAGGGUCUUAUUGAACCCCCUGAAGAUCAAGAGACUGAAAGGAUAGGCUGGAGGGCUGAGGUCCACCCCAGAACACACCCUGUCAGUGAGCUGGAGUUUGAUGUCAUCAUUGGAGCAGAUGGAAGGAGAAACACGCUACCAGGGUUUCGGCGCAAGGAGUUCCGGGGCAAGCUCGCCAUAGCCAUCACUGCUAACUUCAUCAACAGGAACACAACAGCGGAGGCAAAGGUCGAGGAGAUCAGCGGCGUGGCCUUUAUCUUCAACCAGAAAUUUUUUCAAGACCUCAGAGAAGCAACAGGUAUUGACCUGGAAAACAUUGUCUACUACAAGGAUGACACGCACUACUUUGUGAUGACUGCCAAAAAACAGAGCCUGCUGGAGAAAGGAGUCAUUCUGCAUGACUAUGCAGACACAGAGCUGCUGUUGUCCAGAGCUAAUGUAGACCAGGCUGCCCUGCUGUCUUACGCCCGUGAGGCUGCUGAUUUCUCCACUAGCCACCAGCUGCCCACACUGGACUUUGCCAUCAACCACUAUGGCCAGCCCGACGUAGCCAUGUUCGACUUCACCUGCAUGUACGCCUCUGAGAACGCCGCCAUGGUGCGUCAACGAAAUGGCCACAAGCUGCUUGUGGCGCUGGUGGGAGACAGCCUGUUGGAGCCCUUCUGGCCCAUGGGCACUGGCAUCGCUCGAGGCUUCCUGGCAGCCAUGGACUCCGGCUGGAUGGUGAAGAGCUGGGCUCAGGGAAAGACUCCACUUGAGGUGCUGGCUGAGAGGUGAGGGUGAGAGAGUAUAUACCGUCUACUGCCACAGACCACACCAGAAAACGUCAGUAAGAACUUCAGUCACUACAGCGUCGAUCCUACCACACGCUACCCCAACAUUAGCCUUAACUUCCUCAAGCCCAGCCAGGUGCGGCACCUCUUCGACACAGGGGAGUCGAGGGAGAUGCGCAUUGAAAUUGAAAAUGUUAUCAAUGCGUCAACACCCAAACUGGCUAGGAAUGAAAAUUGCCUGCUUGACAAGCAGUUGCAAGAAUCCAUAGCUCGAUCAAGCAAACUGCUCAACUGGUGCCAGAGACAAACGGAGGGAUACAGGAAUGUUAACGUGACAGACCUUACUAUGUCCUGGAAGAGUGGUCUGGCCCUGUGUGCCCUCAUACACCGGUACAGGCCGGAUCUCAUUGACUUUGACUUGCUGGACGAGCGAGACCAGGAGAAGAACAACCAGUUGGGUUUCGACGUGGCGGAGAAGGAAUUUGGCAUCUCGCCCUGCAUGACUGGCAAGGAGAUGUCUUCUGUGGUGGAGCCAGACAAACUCUCUAUGGUUAUGUACCUCAGCCAGUUCUAUGAGAUGUUUAAGGACACAGUGCCACCUGGAGACAACCACAACUUGAGUCCUGAGGAGAAGGCAGCGCUAAUAGCCAGCACCAAGUCUCCCAUCUCAUUCCUCAGCAAACUCGGUCAGAGCAUAGCAAUAUCCAGGAAACGAAAUCCAAAGGACAAAAAAGAGAAGGAUGUUGACGGUUUGGGGAAGAGAAGGAAAACCAGUCAGUCUGAAGAUGAGGAGGUAUCCAGGACUGGGCGUGACGACAGGCCGUCUGUCCCCGCUAUCCUGUCUGAGAGAAAAAUGGACUCUGCUGCUGUGGGGAACCACAACAAAGUCAAGGUCAUGGCCACCCAGCUACUUGCCAAGUUUGAGGAGAAUGCCCCUGCCCAGCCCACAGGACUCAAAAGACAGGGGGAGUCUCUGCCCAAUCUGGACCGCCUUUUGCCCCCUUCCCCGCCCCAAACCCCUGUGAAUGAGCCAGUGCGCCUGGCACCUGUCCCAGCAUGGCGAAAGCGACGCACACAGCAGCAGGAGCAGCUGAGCAUUCGCUACAAAGAAAUGAUCAAGUGUCAGACUCUGCCCGGCAAAGGGGAGCAGGCCAGAAGUGGUGCAGACCAACUGUCCAGCUCGGGCUCUCGGAGCUGCCCAAAGAAAACCAUUCUGCUCCCUUCUUCCUCCUCCACUUCCUCGCUCUCUCUUCACUCAGAGCCUUUACGUAAAAGUCCGGAAGAAGAGGAGCUUGAGUACUACGAAAGGCCUCAGAAAUACGGGGAAUGGAAGCCGCUGCACCUGACAGACCCAGGACCGAUUCACAUACCUGGUAUACAGGAGAGGGCUGACCGCCUAAUCUCAAAGUUUAAGGGCAAACCUGACAAGCCACCAAAGCCUAAGAGAAAGCCAUCCCGUUUCUUUUUAGAGCAGUGGCACUUGGCCCGAGGCCUUACUGAGAGUCCACUGUCCUCUCCUGACUCUUCCAGAAAGGAGCCAGCAGGGCCUCUGCAUUCUGAUGACCAAAUGCCCUUAUAUGUGCUUAGUAUUCAGGAGAGGGCUGAGCAACUUGCCUCUCACUUUGAGGGCAAGCCAGUUGGACCACAGCCUAAGAAAAAACCCUCACGUUUUUUUAUGGAACAGUGGCACCUGGCCCGAACCCAGAGUUCCCCUGAUUCUCCCUCCUCCUCUGACACCUUGAGACAGCGCUAUGUAAGGAUGUACACAGGGGGAGUUAGCUCAUUGGCUGAGCAGAUAGCCAAUCAGCUUCAGUCAGAGGACCUCAAGCCCCUACCUGAAAAGAGGGAUUUGGGCUCUCUUAGAAAAGAGUUCCCCGUCAACAUCGGAGGCAGCGACGUUUGCUUCUUCUGUCGAAAGCGUGUGUACGUGAUGGAGAGGCUGAGCGCAGAGGGGAAGUUCUUCCAUCGCAGCUGCUUCAAGUGUGACUACUGUGGCACCACUCUACGACUGUCCUCCUAUGCCUUCGACGUGGAGGAUGGGAAAUUUUACUGCAAGCCCCACUACUGUUAUCGACUGUCUGGCUAUGCUCAGAGAAAGAGGCCUGCUCCCUCCCCUGCUCCAAUCACAGCUAAGGAGAACCAGGCACCCCAAACUCCUACGGUGACCGUAGAUGCCCCCGGAAGGGCGAUGGCAGCGGCAGCCGCGUCGGCCGAGCUCCAGCCCUCAGCACCGGAGGUCAACGGGCUGCAGGAGCCGAGCCUAGUCAAACGACUGCGGGGGACUCCAGAGCGCAUCGAGCUGGAGAACUACCGUCUGUCCCUGCAGAGGGAGGAGGAGCUGGAGGAGGUGCCCGAGGAGACGCUGGCAGAGCACAACCUCAGCAGUGUGCUGGACAAGGCCACAGAUGCUGACUUGGGCUCCAGUAGCUCAGAGUCAGACAUGGAGGAGGAGGAUGAGCAGGAGGAUCAGGAUCAAGAGGAGGGGGAGGUGGAGGUGGAGGCAGAAGUUGAGCAGCAACCUCCCAGUCCCUCGGACCUCGGCGGCGUUCCCUGGAAGGAGGCGGUAGAGCUCCAUGCCAAACUGAGGGGCGACCGCGACGAUGAGGGGGAGGGCGAGGCUCUGGGCGAUGUGGGCAGCAGAGACGGUGAAGCAGAUGAGGAGGAGGACGAGGAGGAGGAGGAGGAUGAAGAUGAGGAUGAAGACGAGGAGGAAUCGAGUGAUGAGGGGGAUUACUGCCCCUGGGAUAGAGAGCUCCAGUCAGGCCUUUGGCUGGAGAAGUACCUCACAGAUGAAGAGGAUGUUGGUACAUUUAAAGCCAGGAACCUACAGAUCCAACAAGUCCUGCAGCCUGUGGAUCCCCAGGCCAUUCCAGGUUUGGUGAGAACACACCUGGACUCUGUGGGAGACAAGGAUGGCCAGCCAGCCUCGGCCUCCCAGCUCUCUCAACCCCCUCAACCCUCUGAGCUCACCCAGCCCUCCCCCACAGCACCUGCCCACACAUCCGCCCGACACGAGGCAGUGAGAGUCUGGUUGGAGUCCAUGUCUGGAGAGCCCUGUGAGGAUGAAGAACUUGAAGCAGAAGCAGACGGCCCAGAUAUGGAGCCCGGAACGGAGAUGGAUCAAGAUGACAUCCCUUCAGAUGCAGAAGCUGAGGCUCGUUUGCACCAGUCGGAGCACGCUGAAGCACUUCCUGAAGAGGACAAGAAAUCAGAAAGUGUGGGAAUGGCCUCCAGUAUUGAACCAUCCAGCAUUAGCCCAAUGCAGAAAGAGGAUGUUGUCCUUUCCCCUCUCAAACAAUCACCAGAGCCUGAGACACAGAUACCUCUUGUGAAGUCUCCUGGCACUCGGUUUUUCUCAGAUCCGUUCCUAUCUGAGGAGACAAAGCCUGACAGGACAAUUCCUUCUCCAGCUGCCAAGAGCCCGCUGUGCCCUCCAACUGCUCCUGUCCAGGAUCCUUUGUCUGUACCUUCCCCUGCUCCAGUUUCUGCUGCUGCUGCUUCUCCAGUCAAAGACUCUGCCUCGUCGCCCCCCAGCUCACUCACCAAAUCACCUGUCGACAAUCCGUUCAAGCCGACAAUGAAGUCACCUGUCAGAUCUCCCGUCAAAUCUCCAGUUAUCUCACCAAUCUGCUCCCAGCCCACCCCCUUACCAGAGACUUGCACUCCUAAAUCUCCAGUGUUCCCUCAUCGCUCCAUUUGUCCUCUCACGGGUAACCCCCUCUCCCCAAUCUGUGCUCAGCCUUUGCCUUGUCACGAACCGUCUUCACCCCUCACCUCUGAUUCUCCUGUCAGAACUCAGCCCGUCCCCGCAGUCACUUCAACGCCCAUGACCAAAACUGACAAGGGCACAUCGGAGCCAUCAAAGUCUGAAGAUUCCUCAACAGAGGAAACUCCAUCUAAAAAGACAGAUAUCAUUGAGGAAUUUUGGUUAAAGAGUGCUGAGAUUAGGAAAAGCCUCGGUCUGUCUCCUUUGGAUCGCAGUAGCAAAAUUUUAGAGAAGAGCGUUGUUAAGGCUCCAGCACAGGAACCAACCCCUGUCAAGACACAGUCUCCAGAUGUUACUGAGGAACAGAAGCCUGUCUUUACGGGCCGUGCUGUCAUUCGCAGACUCAACAUCACUCUUGAGGGUCAGGUCAUCACUCCAAUUACUCCUGCAGAGCCCAAGAGUAACGGCUCUGAUAAGAGGGACCUCAGCAGCAGCUCUGGCUUGGGGUUGAAUGGGAGUAUGGCCACGAGCCAAACUGCAAACAGCGAUAGCUACAACAUGUCCGACUCCACUAUGCUCACCCCGCCCUCCAGUCCACCACCUCCUGUGCCUGCUAAUCAGUCUCCGGCCGUGCUUAGGCAGCAGAGACACCAGGUAUCCUGGAGCAACGGAACAGAAAAUCUUCCAUCUGAACGCGCCAAAGAGCCAGCAAAAACCAAGACUCCUGUACCGGCGCCGAGGACCCAGCUGAGCCCUGUUUCUGCACCCAAGCCUGCACCCAGGAAACUCUCUUCACCUCAGGCAGAACCAGAAGCAGCUCCAGUGGUUGUUAUGAGGGAGAAAAAGAAGCCUCGACCGGAGGAGGUGAGGAAGUCGUUUGUGGAAACUGUGGAGGAGAUUCCUUUUGCGGACGACGUGGAAGAGACGUAUGACGAGCGGACGCCAGAAACAAGCAUGAACAGGUAUUACACUCCACCCACCAGCAAGCCCAGCAGGGAAAAACCUCCCAUGCAUCUGGCUCUAGCAAUGGAAAACGGUAAACCCAAUAUCCCUGGCAACCAAGCCUCUAAGACCCAGAGAGCAACUCAUUUCUCUCCAGAGGCCAAGGAGAUCGCUGAGGAGAGAAUGAGGGCCAGGGAAAAGUCUGUCAAGAGUCAGGCACUAAAAGAUGCCAUGGCCAAGCAGCUAAACAAAAUGAAAGAAUCUGACAUUGACAAGGGAGCCUCGCCUAAAGUGGCCUGGAGUGUAACGCCAGAUGCUGCUGGUAAAAGUAAAAAGUCAGCCGUAUCUCCGAAGACGUCAGCCGUGAAAGCCCUGGAGUCAAAGAAGGCAGAGACUCUGCCGGAGCGUUUCUUCAGCAGCAACAAGAGUCUGGACAGCUCAGCGGCUUCAUCUGACGGCUCGUCUACGAGUAAGAACAAGAAACGCAGUUCUCUGUUCUCACCACGCAAGAACAAGAAGGAGAAAAAAGCCAAGAAUGACACCAGUAGGCUCUCCAGCACUGAUGAGACACCACCCAAACACAAGUCGUUAUGGAAAGCUGUGUUCUCAGGGUACAAGAAGGACAAAAAGAAAAAGGAUGACAAAUCGUGUCCGAGCACACCGUCCUCAAGCUCCACCACUCAGGACUCUGGGAAGAAGAGAACAUCACCUCUUGGGAGAUCAUCAGACUUGAAAUCACGCAGAAAUCUGAGCUUUUCUGAGGACUCUGACCUGUCCUGUGAUGACGUUCUGGAGAGAUCCUCCCAGAAGUCAAAGGCAGAUCGGCAUAUGGACAUCUUUGACCUAGUGUCAGGCAUGCAGAAGGACGCGAUAAAGGAGGAGAAACUGGAAAAGGAGAGAAGGAGGGAGUUAAAGGAAAAAAAGAGGGUGAAAGAGAGGCUUAAAGAAAGAGAGCGGGAAAAAGAGGUUGAUCGAGAAAAGGAGAAAGACGAUGAGGAGUCUGUUUAUGUUCCUCACGCACUGGCGUUCAAGAGAUCGUACGCCUCAAAGAAAACCUACACAGAGGAAGAGCUGAAUGCCAAGCUGACAAGAAGAGUCCAGAAAGCUGCGCGGCGACAAGCCAAGCAAGAGGAACUCAAGAGACUGCAUAGAGCCCAGAUUAUCCAGAGGCAGUUGGAGCAGGUGGAGGAGAAGCAGAGGCAGCUGGAGGAGAGGGGCGUAGCUGUGGAGAAAGCUUUGAGAGGAGAAGCAGUUGAGCCCUUUGUGGGGAUGCCACGCCGAAGACCUCUCUCCUUCUGCCCCUGCUGUUCCCCUGAAGGCAUGGGCAAGAAGGACGAUCCCAAACUAAUGCAAGAGUGGUUCAAGCUGGUGCAGGAGAAAAAUGCCCUGGUCCGCUAUGAGUCUGAACUCAUGAUAUUUGCCAGAGAGCUGGAGCUGGAGGACCGACAGAGCCGACUGCAGCAGGAACUCAGGGAAAGAAUGGCUGUGGAAGACCACCUUAAGACUGAGAAGGAGCUUGCUCAGGAGAAGCAGAUCCUGAACGAGAUGUUGGAGGUGGUGGAGCAGCGCGAUGCCCUGGUGGCUCUCCUGGAGGAGCAGAGACUUCGGGAAAAGGAGGAGGACAAGGACCUGGAGGCUGUCAUGCUCUCCAAAGGCUUCAACCUCAACUGGGCCUGAGAGGAGUGAAAUAAUUGCUCACCAGGAUUCGCAAACAGUGUUUUGACUUGUGAUUGGUGUUCUCAGCCUCUCAUGGUCAUUUUUGAUCAGAAUAGUCUGCUGAAAACACAGACACAGGCAGUUGGUCUAAAACUGUCACACCUGCAGCAGUGAAUGUGUAAAGAUUUCCCGCAACACACACACACACACACACACACACACAAAAAAAAACCUAUGGCUGUCUCUUACAUUGAAGCAGUCUGCUACGUUUACAUAUCCUCUGCCCAAAGGCAGCCCUAGUUAAUCACUCUGCAGUUUUGCUUGCGCUCUCUCUCUGUGGGUGGAGAGGCGAGUACAUUCGCAACUUUAUCAUCACAGCCUUGAAGUGGAUCCUCUCAAGCAAAGGGGGCCUCUGGGAGAAUGUUUAAAGACUUGUUUCAUUCUCGAUUAUCUAAAGGGAAGAAUGCAGUUCGGUCCUGCUGAUGUAAAGGAAUUGUAAAGAAUUGUGUUUCUGUGUAUAGUUAUGUAGAGUAAGUCACAUUUUUCCGAGGAUGAAGAUGUUCUCUUUUUCUGAAAAGGACUGCUACAGAGGUGUGUGUAACUGCUGGAGUGAUUUCUCCAGGCUCAGUCUCUUCAGUCUGACUGUAGGAAGGACAUCCUCUGCUGAAGCUGCCUUUCUAUCCAGUGACAAACCGACUUCUGCUUCUGAACCACAAAGAUACCAUAAAAGGCUUGUUUUUUUCCCCUCUUUCCCCCUCACAGUGUUUAGUGAGUCAACACAAAGAACCCAUUUAAUAUGUAUUUAUUAUUUUUGUUUGCUUUUAACAGAUAAACUUUUUUUUUUGUGCAUUCACAGGAGAGUGCCCAGAAUCUCAUUAUCUUGCACUUGUGCAUAAAUCAAAUGCACCCAUAAGCCAUUGCAUGUCAGGAAUGAAGGCUGCAGGCACAUACAUGUAGAGGAUCUUUACAUUGUCUUUGAUAGAUAGACGUAGAAUACAGACUUAUACUAUAUAUGGACAUUUAAGCACUUCACAUGACUUGAUAAUGAUGGGCCUCUCUGUGAGAUGCCAUUCACUGUGUAUCACACUGACUGUAACCGUUUACAAAUACUUGUCCAUGUUCAAUAUUGGAUUUUUAUGUUUCCUACUUAGUUAACAAGUAGCAAGUUAAACCAACUGUUGAAAGGAUUCAUCUUGGAAAGAACUGUCUUUUCAGGUUCAAAUAAGUUUCUACCAUUUGUGUUAACAUAGUGAUGUUAUUAUUAAUGAAUCUGAUUUCACUGUUGUUAAUGGGAGGUCGGUGUAGCUCACAUAAGUCAUUCUGUGCCACAGGACUCUCUCUGUUGGUGGUUAUGCAAGAACUUACACACUACACAACAUUUAUAUCAGUAUAUGGCAGUGUUAAUCCUUUACCCUUGAACAAGAUGCCUUUUUCAUUUUCAUUCUCUGUAUUUAAUUUAUGUUUUAUUUUUUGAGUUUACUUGUUAUUGAGGUAGUCACAUCUGUGUAUCCCACUGGAACUCAAGAUUUUUACUUUUUUUUCAAAUACUUUUAUACAGCAGGCCCCCAAGCAAACAAAUAGAGGAUUUUAAAUGGGGCGCUGAAGAAAUGCAAAGUGCUUAAUGAGCAACUUGCAUUAGACAGAAACAUUAUGGUUUAUCUGGUGGGCAGUCAAAUCUAAUAGCCUUUUUGACAACUGUAAAAAAGAAAAUCCAGGUGGUCACUCUUUUACGGCACAGAAACAAUAGAGGCUAUAUUUAUGACUUGGUAUGAGCUGUGAAUAAAAAAAAAGUUACAUAAUUUUAAGGGUUGUUGUUUUAGAUGGCGUGUGAUAAGUUUGACAUGAUUGUAUUGAUAUUUAUUAACAUGUGUGCAAACUGUAUUAUAUGUAAAGAAAAUGAAUCCUAAUUUUUAAACUGUUCUGUUGACACAUGGCUCAAUGUAAAUGCUUCAUGUAGCUAAAAUGCAUAGGGGUGUUGGAUGUAUGCUGAAAAAGGCAAUAAAACAAUGCAGUUGUUCUUUUAAA